UGAUCAGAUUGCAAACCUCAUCACCGAACAAUUGAAAACGGCAAAAUUCUGAUCGAAUUGUGAAAUUUCGAUCGCUAUUUUCUCUUUUGGUUUUCCAUUGUUCUUCCUUUUCGAGGAGUCGCGUUUCGGGAUUUUCAGCCUUCCCGUUUGUUUAUCGGAUUAAUUUCAUCCUCGGAAGGUUCGAAUCAUUUCAUUUCUCAGUUGAAAUUGGAGAAGACAAGGUGGCUCAACUUAUCCUGCAAUGAAUGGUGUGGUGUAAUCAUCCAUUCCAGUUUCUUAAUUUGUUCGCCGCUUAGAGGAUUAAGCUUCUGCAAUUGACUUUGACGCUACCGGAUGAGAAACUAAAGAUGAACACGAAUUUCCAUAGAAAUGGGCGAUGAAGGAUUAUAGACGAGCUUUUUUCAGGCUCGGCAAUUUUAAAUUGCAAGGAUCAUUUUCUAAUUAGCCUGCUGACUUCAACACAAAUUCACUUAUUAUAGGGAUUUCAGCGUAAAGUUCUAUCGUCUUUCAAAGAAAGUGAGAACUAAAACAAUUGUUGUCUUCUCCAGCUUAUUUUUCUCAGAUGGCAUGGGGCAACAUAUACAGAAGAAGAAUGAGAGUGUUCACCCUGGCUUUAGUGAUAUACCUGGAUUAUAAGGCAUUAGAACAAAGAGAGAAGUGGAUUAGCAAGUCUAAAAGAUCAGCCUUAUGGGAAAAGGCACAUGAACGUAAUGCAAAGCGCUCGUUGAGUUUGAUUAUAGAGUUGGAAGGUUUGUGGGUGAAAUUUGGACAGUAUUUAUCUACUCGAGCAGAUGUUAUACCUGAUGCCUACAUACGCCUCCUCAAACAGUUACAGGACUCUCUUCCUCCUCGUCCUUUACAAGAGAUUCGUCAGACCAUACAGAAAGAGUUGGGGAAACCAAUCAGUGAUUUGUUUACAAACUUUGUGGAAGCGCCCUUAGCAACUGCAUCUAUAGCCCAAGUGCACCGAGCAACGUUGCUUGAUGGAAGGGAGGUGGUUAUCAAAGUGCAACACGAGGGCGUAAAGGCAGUUAUAUUAGAGGACCUGAAGAAUGCAAAGGCGGUUGUUGAUUGGAUAGGCUGGGCAGAGCCGCAGUAUGACUUUAAUCCCAUUAUAGAUGAAUGGUGCCGAGAAGCUCCCAAAGAACUUGAUUUCAAUCUUGAAGCUGAGAACACUAGGACAGUAUCUAGAAAUCUUGGCUGCACAAACGAAUCGGAUGGUAAUGAAGUCCUUGGGACUGUGAAUGUUUCUAUACCGGAAGUUAUUCAGUCAACAGAGAAAGUUCUAAUUUUAGAGUAUAUGGACGGUAUACGCUUAAAUGACGCUGCUGACCUGGAAGCUUAUGGUAUUGACAAACACAAAAUUGUUGAAGAAAUCACACGAGCUUAUGCACACCAAAUUUAUGUUGAUGGAUUUUUCAAUGGCGACCCUCAUCCUGGGAAUUUUCUCAUCAGCAAGGAGCCUCCUCAUCGUCCAAUUUUGCUCGACUUUGGGCUUACAAAGAAAUUACCUUGCACCAUGAAACUAGCUCUGGCAAAGAUGUUUUUAGCAGCUGCAGAGGGUGACCACGUUGCUCUUCUAUCUUCCUUCGCUGAAAUGGGACUUAAGUUGCAUCUUGAUGUGCCAGAGCAAGCAAUGGCGGUGACAAAUGUAUUCUUUCGAGCAGCAACUGCUGCAAAAGAAUCACAUGAAACCUUCAAAGCUGCGGCAGAGCAAAGAUCGAAGAAUCUGAAGGAAAUACAAGAAAAAAUGAAAUUAAAUCAUAAGGAGGCUAAACGUUUUAAUCCUGUUGAUGCAUUUCCUAGUGAUAUUAUAAUAUUUGCACGGGUCCUUAAUCUUCUAAGAGGUCUUUCCUCCUUGAUGGAUGUUCGCACAGUAUAUCUAGAUAUCAUGAGACCGUUUGCUGAAUAUGUUCUACAAGCAAGCAUUAGCAAGGAGCCAAAUGUAAAUGAUCAAUGGAUCUGGAGAACACCUAUUCAUUCUGAUGUGGAAGAUAAGCUGAGACAGCUCUUAAUCAAGCUGGGGAAUGAGAAUAAAAUACUUGGAAUCCAGGUGUGUGCCUACAAAGAUGGAGAGGUCAUUAUUGAUACUGCUGCUGGAGUUAUGGGUAAAUAUGAUCCUCGUCCAGUUCAACCUGAUACUCUUUUUCCAGUGUUCUCUGUGACAAAGGGCAUCACAGCUGGAAUGUUGCAUUGGCUAGUUGAUAAUGGGAAACUGAAGUUUGAGGAAAAUAUUGCUAAUAUUUGGCCGGAAUUUGGAUCAAAUGGUAAAGAUAUAAUAAAGGUCUAUCAAGUGCUUAACCACACUUCAGGUCUGCAUAAUGCCACGGUCAAUAUUAGGGAAAAUCCUUCGCUAAUUUGUGACUGGGACGAAUGUUUGAAUUGCAUGGCUAAAUCAGUGCCAGAGACUGAACCUGGCCAGGAGCAGGUGUAUCACUAUCUAUCCUAUGGGUGGCUAUGUGGUGGAAUCAUUGAGCACGCAACGGGGAAGAAAUUCCAAGAGAUUCUUGAAGAAGCAUUAGUUAACCCGCUCCAUAUACAAGGCGAGCUAUACAUCGGAAUCCCUCCCGGAGUUGAAUCUCGUCUUGCAACACUAACACCAGAUCUUAAUGAUCUACAAAAUAUCUCUGGGAUCGAUCCUUCUGAAUUGCCCUCCACCUUCCAGCCAACCAUGAUUGCGCAGCUUGCCAGUACUCUCGCACCUCUAUUUAAUAUGCUCAAUACUCGCCGUGCCGUUAUACCUGCUGCCAAUGGACAUUGCUCGGCCCGCGCACUGGCACGUUAUUAUGCAGCAUUGGCUGGUGGCGGUGUGAUACCACCACCGCAUUCCUCAGCCUCCCAACCAGCUCUUGGAAGCCACCCUCACAUCCCUAAAUUUCCCUCCGAGAAUUCAAAGAAGCAAAAAGCUUCCAGAACUAAGGACAUUCAUGCCAACUUAAAUAAUGACCAUCAAAAGAACUUGAAUUCUACUGAAACCGACGCCAAUGGUGGUCUCUUCAGGAAUACAAGCAAUACUGGUUAUACUAGGCUCCUUGAUAACAGCAGCAGUAGCAAUGCCAAUGAUCCCAGCACAAGAGCCGACUCGAGGCAUGGAAACACUGCAAAAAAGUUCGUAGGAAACAUGUUCAAAGACCCUAGAAUUCAUGAUGCCUUUUUGGGUAUAGGCAAAUAUGAGAAUUUCGCCAUUCCAAAUGGGAAGUUUGGAUUAGGAUUCUCAAGGUUGAGAUCAGAUGAAGGUUCUUUUAUUGGUUUUGGCCAUUCAGGAAUGGGCGGAUCCACAGGUUUUUGUAAUAUUGAUCACAAUUUUGCCAUCUCCGUGAACCUCAACAAAAUGUCUCUGGGGGGUGUUACUGCCAGCAUAGUUCAGUUCGUUUGUUCCGAGCUGAAUAUCCCGUUACCAGCCGAAUUUUCCCCGCUCGUGGUGGCCACUCCUUUGAUUAACUGAGGAUGAAACAACAAAAUUUUCCAUAGCCACACAAUAUAACUCUUAUAGCAACCUCUUUCAAUAUGGAACAAUAAUCAUGAUAUGAUCAAAUUCAAAAAUCCUAUUAUUUACUGCUGGUAACUUGAUAUGAUUACAUUAAACAAGAAUGACAUUAUUGUCAUUUUCAAAAUAAAUCAUACCUUUCAGGUGGAAAACUUAUUCA